AACAGCCAACAGGAUCAUCAUAGUCAUCGCCGCCGAACAGAAUUUUGUAAUCUCGUGAGCGCACGCCUCUAGCGACUUUGCGCUUUGCGUUGGCAUUACCGGCUCAUAUGUCUCGUCAGUUCGGCUUUGCCGGCUGUGCCAGUUUUGUGAACAUCGUGGUGCAACGUCAUUAAUGUGCUGCUCGCACAGUGUUUUGAAAAAGGGCACGUAGGAGUGCUCCCAGGCAACCCGGUAAUAGGCUUGCGGCCCGAAGUGUGCACGUUACAGGCGUUAGCACGAUGGACAAGAAGGAUCCCAAAGACAUUACCGAAAAGGAAUGGAAGGAAAAAUUAACUCCCGAGCAGUUUUGCGUCUGUCGUCAAAAGGGAACCGAACCGGCAAAUCGUGGCAAGUGGGUGAAACACACAGGCAAAGGAACUUACACUUGUGUCGCGUGUGGAGCAGAUUUAUUCAGCUCUGAGCACAAGUUUAUGUCCAAAAGCGGCUGGCCAUCAUUCUACAUGGCACUAGGCACUGUGAAUGGCGAUGAAUCUCGGUCCAAUAUUAUAAGGAAGGAGGAUACCUCUGCUGGCAUGGAACGCACGGAAGUUCUCUGUAAACGGUGUAACUCCCACUUGGGUCAUGUAUUCACCGACGGACCCCCUCCAACUGGGCUCCGUUUCUGCAUAAACAGCGUCGCCCUCGACUUCAGGCCAGCCUAGACCAGACCUAGGCCAGAACAACCUUCACGAUGAGUCUUCAUUCAUCCACCACGCACCGUGUGUGAAGCUCCUUUGUGAACCUCAAAAUUUGAAUACUACAGAAAGUGCAAAGGGGGCAUAUGUGAUUAGCCAUAGAAAUCUUUGUUUGGACCUCAGCUGUUCAUGCUGCUCCCAAAUUUCCCAACUUUACCGAUCCAGUAAACUCGAAACCUGUGUA